GACUAGACGCUGCACAAUCGCGUAACCGCGUCUCGAGCCGUGCCGGGUUGUGUUUUGUGAGUCACGACACGCGCCCCAAGUAUAUACAAUCUAAGUUUGAAGUUGUUAGUGGGACUUCCUCGUAGUGUUUUUACAAGGUGCCUGAUAACAAGUACUAUAGCGGUCGUUGAUAGUUUGUGAACUGUAUAGUAAAUUUGCACUAGUUAUACCUAUUUGCUCAACCUGCGACUUCGGAGUUUGUUAUUCUCUCCGCGACCUGUUCGGUGACCUAUCGGCAGCACCACCGUCUGGGAGAUUCAUCUCCAGCACCGACUUCAUGAAUAAUUCAUAGACGACCGGCAAGCAAGAGAAAAAAAAAAGUCUGAAAGUAACGCCAAUUUUUAACAGUUGAUCGAGUUAGGGGGUACUUGCACUUUGGAUACCCGCAACCACCCCACACUUAUGUAAGGACGAAGUUCGCCACAUCAGCAUCGCACGUUGGACCAACCAGCCAUGUGGCGAAGAUUGUUGUUUACGAAGCGGCCGCAGCUUCUGGUGCCGACGCUGCUGUUGAUGACCUUCGCACAGUGGCCGAUUCAACAGGUCAGCGCCCAAUUUUCGAUGGACCAGCUGAGGGUGGUGUCCAAAUCGAACAAUGACACCCACCUCCGGCAGACGCUGAAGGCGAUUCUGAAGCCUCGGAUCGUCGGAACGGCCACCCACGACGAGGUCAAACGGUACAUCGUGGCGGAACUGCAACGGCUUCAGUUCACCGUCGAGAUGGACGAGUUCAACGACAAGACGCCCCACUUUGGACGGCUAAAGUUCUCCAACAUCGUUGGCAAGCUCAACCCGGACGCGGACAAGUUCCUGACGCUGGCCUGCCACUACGACUCGAAGUACUUCCGCGAGCAUGCGUUCGUGGGAGCUGUCGAUUCGGCCGUUCCGUGCGCUAUGAUGCUGAAUCUUGUUCAAACGACCGAAUCGGCGCUGGAUCUGCUACGGAACAACACCGAUCUGAGCUUGAUGCUGGUGUUCUUCGACGGAGAGGAAGCGUUCCGGAAGUGGUCCGCGACGGAUUCGCUGUACGGGUCGCGCCAUCUGGCCACCAAGUGGACCACGAUGCCGUACGUUUCGAGCAGGAUGGGAAAAUCGAUGCGCGAAAUUGACCGCGUGCAGUUGAUGGUGCUGCUGGACUUGAUCGGAGGGGAGAAUCCUAAAUUUUACAGCUUCUUUGACAACACGCGAAACUACCACCGAAGACUGAGCGAGAUUGAGGCGUCGCUGCGGAAGAACCGUCUGCUGCUGAAGGAUCCCAAAAGUACGGAAAUGUUUGUCGACCAGAACGCGUUCAGCCGGAUCGAGGACGAUCAUUUGCCGUUUUUGAAGAGAAACAUUCCAAUCCUGCACCUCAUUCCGAUCCCGUUCCCCAAACACUGGCACAAACCGGAGGACAACGAAGCGAACGUCAACAUGCGGACCGUUGGGAACAUCAACAUGGUGAUGCGGGUUUUCAUGCUGGAGUACCUUACGUACUGCAACAGCAAGUACGGGAAGCCGCUGGCGGUCUGUUUGAACGGAAGCAACUAGAGGCGCUAUGUAUUUGAAAACAAAAAACAAAGUUAACUAAACACAACAAAUUGAGAGCUUUUCAGAAAACAAAUACAAACGGUUAAGUUGCUAACUCAAAUGUGAUUUGCUGCAGUGCAUAAACUAGGCAGAGUUUGUUAUUCGAUAUUGUUUGCACGAUUUUUUUAUUCAGGUUGCAUUUUAUUUUGUUGAGUGAGUCAAUAAAAAGUAUUUUAAACA